GAUGGGAGGAAUGAUCAAUGGCUAUAGAUAUGAUCAUAUAGAUGGCCGUGGCAAUUACAUCGACCCGCAGGGUCGUCGAAUUUUGGACUCGCAGGGUCGUCGAAUGGUUUUUUACGAAAAUAAACCGAUGAGCCCUCGUGCAAAACAAUUUUGGCUUGGUUUUCUAAUUGGAUUUAUUAUUUUUGCCAUAAUUUCUUAUAACUUGGCCGAAAAAUAUGCGGAUAAAAAAGUUCCACAUAAUGUUCUGUUAUUGACUUUAAUGGGAGGGGGUGUUGGAGGUUUUGUUGUUGGCCUUUUUCUUUAUGCUAGACAAAUAGCUAAAGAACGUGGAAGUUGGUUUGGUUCUGAAGAGACUAAAGCCGGAGAGUUGUUCUUACUUGGCCUUACAUUUGGCUUCAUAAUUUUUGCUGCAAUUUUUGGUUAUGCUGCUUACAUGUUAUCUCCACAUCUUGAAAGAUUUUUUGAAGACAAAGAGGAUUUGAAAGAUUUCCGUUUUCACGCAUGUAUUAUUGGAGGACUUGCUAUGGGUUUGAUUAUUGGAGCUUCACUUUACGUUUGUCAGAAAAAUCGUGAACAACGAUGA